AAACUGAAAUUUUCCUGCAUAAUACUCUCUAUUGUCUAUUCCCUUCCUUGAAGAAAGAAGCCGAAAAAACAGAGGGACUCUGGAAAACAAACAGUGACAAACUGAAGGACACUUGGGACAUUUGCGCUUCGCGUAUGGCGAAUCUUCCUCAAUCGCUCUCCAUGAAUUCACCAUUUGGUGGCCCCAGCGCCUCCACUCCUUCCGCCGCCAGUGCUCCGGCCAACAAAGACCGGAAGAUGGCUUCAGCAGAGCACUUGGUGCUUGACCUAAGUAAUCCAGAGCUUCGUGAAAACGCCCUUCUCGAGCUCUCUAAGAAGAGAGAAUUAUUUCAAGAUUUGGCUCCAUUGUUGUGGAAUUCUUUUGGUACUAUUGCUGCGCUGUUACAGGAGAUAGUUUCAAUAUAUCCUGUUUUAUCACCACCAAACCUUUCUCCUGCACAAUCAAAUCGAGUUUGUAAUGCUCUUGCUCUUCUACAGUGCGUGGCCUCUCAUCCAGACACAAGAAUGUUGUUCCUUAAUGCUCACAUACCUUUGUAUCUUUACCCAUUCCUUAAUACAACUAGCAAGUCCAGGCCUUUUGAGUACUUGAGGCUUACCAGCUUAGGUGUCAUUGGCGCCCUGGUGAAGGUUGAUGACACAGAAGUUAUUAGUUUCCUUCUAUCAACUGAAAUAAUUCCUUUGUGUCUGCGUACCAUGGAGAUGGGCAGUGAAUUAUCGAAAACAGUUGCAACAUUUAUAGUUCAGAAGAUUUUGUUGGAUGAUGUGGGCUUGGAUUAUAUUUGCACUACUGCAGAACGUUUCUUUGCAGUUGGUCGAGUUUUGGGCAACAUGGUUGCAGCACUUGCUGAACAACCCUCAUCUCGGUUGUUAAAGCAUAUUAUUCGAUGUUAUCUUCGACUGUCUGAUAAUCCAAGGGCUUGCGAUGCACUAAGAAGUUGCCUGCCGGACAUGCUUAGAGAUGCUACCUUCAGUAGUUGCCUUCGCGAAGAUCCAACGACAAGACGGUGGCUGCAGCAGUUGCUUCACAAUGUUGGUAUGAAUCGGGUCCCGGGGCUUCAGGCUGGGGGAGGAUUUGACCAUAUGAUGGUGAACUAAAUUAAACUGCCGCAACUGGUUUGUUUUCUAUCGGGUUCUUGUAUGGUGCCUGCUUUUUGCAAUCUGGUUUCAAAGGCGGAUGGCUCAUGGUCUUGCUUUUAAUUUUUUUUUUUUUUAAUGCAUCAUCAGAUUACUUUAAUUAAUGGUUUUUCUUAGAAGACAUAUGGCAUAGUAGAGCUCUACCAUUUUAAUAAUAAAUAAAUAAAUUUGUUGAUUUUCUUUUUGCCAA